AUGCACAGGGUGCAGGGCCCAUCACACUCUCGGAAGGAAGAGCGUCAGAGUCCUGGAAUUCUAAUGUUCAGAGACGAGCCAAAGGCGUACUGGGCCGCUUUCGUAAGCGUUAUGUUGGGCUACGGCUCACCGUUUGCACACAAGUCCAGUUUGCCGAUGAAAGUACGGGGUGCAGGUCCAUAUUUGCGCGAAAUCAAGGAUGACAUGGAUCCAGUUAUGGAGCGCAUCGAACAUCGCACUACGGCGGUGCAGGAGCAGCCUAGCGCGUGGAUGAUCGGUGAUCACUGGCAUCUUGUGCAUGGCAAUCACAGAGGUGCUGCUUGA